AGAAAUGUAUAAUCGGUUGAUAUUUCUUGCUGCAGUUCUACUUAUUCUCAAUGCCGUAGCUUCAUUUCCUCAACGACAGGUUUACAUAGUAUACCUUGGACCACACAGCGGGGAGAAAACCUUGCACGAAAUCGAAGAAAUUCAUCACUCGUAUUUGCAUUCUGUGAAAGGCUCCAAAAAGGAGGCUGAAUCAUGCAUUAUUUACAGCUACAAGAAUGUCAUCAAUGGCUUCUCCGCGUUGCUCACCCCUCAGGAAGCCCAAACAAUAUCAGAGAUGGAUGGUGUGGUUUCAGUGUUUCAUAGCAAUCCCACAAAAUCAAGGCUUCACACAACCAGAUCAUGGGAUUUCAUUAGCUUACUCGAAGCAAACUGGGAUGCUUCAAAGGCCAAUGGAGAAGACAUAUUGAGUAAAGCUAGCUAUGGCAAGAACGUCAUCGUUGGAGUACUCGAUAGUGGCGUAUGGCCGGAGUCUGAGAGUUUCAACGACGAGGGAAUGGAACCUAUUCCAACUUCUUGGAAUGGGACUUGCCAAACUGGUGUGGCCUUUAAUUCUUCUCACUGUAAUAGGAAAUUAGUAGGGGCCCGAUAUUACUUGAAGGGGUACGAGGCCUACUACGGGCCGCUUGACCCUGAGCUGGACUUCCGAUCAGCCAGGGACAUUAGUGGCCAUGGGACUCACACCGCGUCAACCAUCGGCGGUCGGAGGGUUCCCAAUGCGGCCGCAGUAGGUGGUAUUGGCAACGGCACAGCUAGCGGAGGGGCCCCACUAGCCCGUCUGGCCAUCUACAAAGUGUGCUGGCGGGUCCCAGGUCCGGGAGAAGAGAGUGCGUGUUUGGACGACGACAUGCUUGCAGCUUUUGAUGACGCCAUCGCCGACGGUGUUGGAGUGAUCAGUGUUUCUAUUGGGGGGAAUACAAGUAGUCCCUACACCGAAGACAGUAUAGCCAUUGGAGCACUGCAUGCAGUGAGGCGGAAUGUUGUGGUCGCUUGCAGUGCGGGAAAUUCAGGUCCCGAUCUAACUGCGGUAACCAAUGUCGCCCCGUGGAUCAUAACUGUCGGCGCCAGUAGCAUCGAUCGCGUCUUCUCGUCGCCACUCCUCCUCGGAAAUGGAUUGACUGUAGAGGGACAAUCAAUCACGCCAAUACAGAGAGCAACCUAUCCUCUUGUUUACGCAGGAGAAGCGGAAAUCGCAGGAACUACCACUCGUCUAACGACAGGUCUAUGCCGUAACGGCACGCUUUCACCAGCGUUGGUGAGAGGAAAAGCGGUAUUCUGCUGGUUGGGAGAUACUCGGCAGGCAUUGGAAGUGCAAAGAGCCGGCGGUGUUGCAGCUGUGCUUGGCAACACCGAUGACGGAAUAGGAGUAGUGGGCAGGCCUUAUCUCAUUCCGGCAACCGUUGUGUUGUCCGAUCAGAUUGAGAAGCUUAGCAUCGUCAAUUACAGCGUGACUGAUGCAGCGCCAACUGCAACUCUCGUACCUACCACGACUUUGUUAGGCACUAAACCAGCUCCAUUCAUGGCCGCUUUCACCUCUCGAGGCCCCAACCUUGUCCAACCCAACAUUCUUAAGCCGGACAUCACUGCUCCCGGACUGAAUAUAUUAGCAGCGUGGAGCGAGGCAUCGUCUCCUCUAAAGGUGGCGGACGACAACAGAGUGGUUAAGUUCCAGAUUGAUUCCGGAACAUCCAUGUCCUGUCCCCAUGUUGCUGCAGUCAGUGCACUUCUCAAGGCCGUACAUCCAGAUUGGAGCAGCUCUGCCAUAAGAACUGCAAUAAUGACAACUGCAAAGCAAACAAACAACUUAGGCAAACCCAUUACAGACGCAUUGGGAGAACCAGCAACACCAUUCGAAUUCGGGGCAGGGCAUAUCCAGCCCUCCAAGGCUGUUGAUCCGGGACUAGUUUACGAUGCUACUUACGAUGAUUAUCUAGUCUUUCUCUGCCGCAGCAGCGGUAAUCGACUGGAUCAAUCAUUCAACUGCCCGCUAAAUUCGCCUUCGGCAAGCAGCUUGAACUACCCAUCAUUAGCAAUUGCCAAUCUGCAAGGCUCUGUUACUGUCGGCAGAACUGUUACAAACGUUGGCGCUGCAAACUCGUCGUAUUCGGUCACGGUUGAUCCGCCGCCAGGUUAUCUUGUCCGAAUCUCACCGGAAACAUUGCGUUUCAGUGCGGUUGGGGAAAAGCAAAAGUUCAGCAUCAGAGUUGAAGCUGAAAGUAGUGAGAAUGUGUAUGCAUUUGGUUGGUAUACGUGGAGUGAUGGGAUUCAUCAAGUGAGAAGCCCCAUUUCGGUAUGGACGGUUGUUUAGGGCCUUCUUUUCUUGCAAAUUGGACUACUACAAAUAAAUUAUGGGACUUUGUUUAUUGUUUAUGUAUGCUUCUGAAUUAGUGCAAGAACUGAAGAGUCUGUGUAUACAUUGUGUCAUCGUCUUAAUAGUGGCAUAGUAUUCGAUAUAAAGUGGCAUAGUAUUUUCCUUUUCACUUUAUGUUGGAGAAUUGUUAUUCUACAAUAUCAAAUAGUAUGUGAAAAAAUGAAAAAUGAUGACUCUGUGUUUUUUACAGUUUA